UGUUCCUUAUUCCAGGAAUUUCCCAAGACUUCUUACCAAGAACAGUGCCAACAACUGGCUCUGAAACCGUUCUGUGAGCAGCGGAGUGGACCUGCACCCAUGGUGAAUGAAAACUCAUUCGGAUACAACCCCUGGCAGAGAGACACUGGCGCUCCUGAAGAAGGCUUUGGGUCCAUCCUGCCUCAUCACCCGAAACCUCACCCAAAGAAUUACUUCCAGACUUUUUACAAUAUCAACUACACACCUCCGUUUCCUUACGAAUCACAACCGUCUAAAACUGACCUCGAGUAUUUGACUGAACAUCGUAAGUGUCACUCACAGUUCACUGACACGGCCGACUACCGUCGCUUCAAUUUGAACACCUGGCAGAACGACUCCGGAAUCUAUGCGAAGCCACGGAAACCUAAAGAGAAGACACUGGAUGGCUUGAUGUAGUGGGGUGAAUCCUUCUCCAACGAUGAUCUAAACUGCAACAUUCAAGGAUUCUGGGGCACAGCUGUGUGUCUAUUUUGUGUUACGGUAGUCGAAAGAGUGUUUCAAAGUUUUUGGUUAAAUAAAAUCCUUUAUAAUACCUUC